AAAUAAGGCAACCAAGAUGAAAUUUACAACAGCAACUAUAGCAGCUAUAGCUGCAUUAUACGCGUCCGUAGAUGCAGCCGCACACAAAAUGAAAUUGAACAAAAUUGAACACACUGAUCCUAGCGUAUUCAGUGGCGCGUCAUUAGCCCACAAGUACGGCGGUGUUGUCGCUGAUUCUGUCGUCAAUGGCGUAGCUAAGACUGCUAUUCCUGCAUUCGACGCCGCAAUUGAAAUGAUGUCGGAAUUGGAGGGUGACGUUAACUUACAAGCUAAACACGGUUUACCUGUUAGCAAUUUCCUGAACGCGCAAUAUUACGCCGAGAUCGGUUUGGGUUCACCAGAGCAGAAGUUUAACGUAGUUUUGGACACUGGUUCAUCUAACUUAUGGGUACCUUCAAACAAAUGCAUGUCAAUUGCUUGUUUCCUCCACCGUAAAUUCAACCCAGAAGAAUCAAAGUCAUACAAAGCAAACGGAACUGAUUUCGAAAUUCGCUACGGUUCAGGUUCCUUGAAAGGUAUCGUCGGUCAAGACACUCUCGCGAUUGAUGAUUUACAUGUAAAGAAUCAAUUGUUCGCCGAAGCAACUUCAGAGCCAGGUUUAGCUUUUGCUUUCGGUAAAUUCGAUGGUAUCUUAGGUUUAGGCUAUGAUACUAUCUCAGUUAACGAUAUUCCACCUCCGUUCUACAACCUUAUUGAUCAAGGUUUACUCGACGAACCAGUUUUCUCAUUUUACUUGACCGAUGAACAAUCCGGUAAAGAAUCACAAGCUGUAUUUGGUGGUAUUGAUCACGACCACUAUAAGGGUCAAUUACACUACGUACCUUUACGUAGAAAGGGCUACUGGGAAGUUGAGCUUGAAAAGUUAACCUUCGGUGAUGAUGAAGUUGAAUUAGAGAACACUGGUGCUGCCAUUGAUACUGGUACUUCACUUAUUGCAAUUCCAACUGAUAUGGCAGAGAUGUUAAACAAAAUGAUUGGAGCAAAGAAGUCAUGGUCAGGUCAAUACACAGUUGAUUGCAACAAGGUUGAUGAUUUACCUGAAUUAUCAUUCACAUUCGGUGGAAAGAAAUACCCAUUAAGUGGUAAAGAUUACAUUCUUAAUCUCCAAGGUACAUGUGUAUCAGCAUUCACAGGUUUAGAUAUCCCAGAACCACUUGGACCUAUCUACAUUAUCGGUGACGUCUUUUUAAGAAGAUACUUUACAGUCUAUGACUUAGGUAGAGAUGCAGUAGGAUUUGCUGAAAGUGUUUAAACGAUUUUAGUUGUAGAACUUAAGAAAAUUUUAAAGUUGAUUCAUUUGAUUUUUAAUUUU